AUGGCGGACUCGCUGUCGACAGGUCCGGGAGAGGAGAAGGAGAAGGAGGACAGAGAGAGGGACAGGAAGGCUGCUAAAACGGAGGCGAACAACGACAAAGACGGAGUCACGGAGACACUGAGCUUCAACGACAAAAACGGCAACAAUAAGGGACGGAGACGAAACCUGUCAGAUCUGUCUCUGGUCAGGUUUAUAACUACUGAGCUCACCAGAGGCUAUUUCCUGGAACACAAUGAGGCCAAAUACACCGAACGCAGAGAGAGGGUCUACACCUGCCUCCGCAUCCCCAAGGAGUUAGAGAAGUUGAUGACAUUCGGCUUCUUCCUCUGUCUGGAUGCCUUUCUCUACGUCUUCACACUGCUGCCCCUCAGGGUGCUGCUGGCCCUAUUACGGCUCCUUACAUUGCCAUGCUGUGGUCUCGGUGGCUCCCGCCUGCUGCAGCCAGCUCAGGUGUGUGAUGUGCUGAAAGGCUUCAUUAUGGUGCUGUGUUACUCUAUGAUGAGCUACGUGGAUUACUCCAUGAUGUACCACCUCAUUAGGGGACAGUCUGUCAUCAAACUCUACAUCAUUUACAACAUGUUAGAGGUGGCGGACCGCCUGUUUUCAUCUUUUGGCCAGGACAUCCUGGACGCUCUGUACUGGACGGCCACAGAACCGAAAGAGAAGAAGAGAGCGCACAUAGGCGUGAUUCCUCACUUCCUCAUGGCUGUGCUCUACGUCUUUCUUCAUGCCAUCCUCAUCAUGGUUCAGGCCACUACUCUUAAUGUAGCCUUCAACUCCCACAACAAGUCCCUCCUCACCAUCAUGAUGUCAAACAACUUUGUGGAGAUCAAAGGAAGCGUGUUCAAGAAGUUUGAAAAGAACAACCUUUUCCAGAUGUCGAAUAGCGACAUAAAAGAGAGGUUCACCAACUACAUCCUCCUGCUCAUCGUCUGUCUGAGAAACAUGGAGCAGUUCUCGUGGAAUCCAGACCACUUGUGGGUGCUGUUUCCUGAUGUAGUCAUGGUGAUAUGCUCAGAGGUUGCCGUGGACGUUGUCAAGCACGCUUUCAUCACCAAAUUUAAUGACAUCAGUGCCGAUGUAUACGGUGAAUACAGAGCCAGCCUUGCCUUUGACCUCGUCAGCAGUCGACAGAAAAAUGCUUAUACAGACUACAGUGACUCAGUAUCCAGAAGAAUGGGCUUCAUCCCUCUUCCUUUAGCUCUGCUGUUGAUCAGAGUAGUGACCAGCUCAGUGAAGAUCCAGGGUUCACUCUCAUUUAUGUGUGUGCUGCUGUUUUACUUGGGGAUGAUCACUCUGAAGGUGCUCAACAGUAUCGUUCUGCUUGGGACGUCUUGCGUGUUCGUCAAAGAGGCCAAUAUGGAAGAAAAGCUCUUCGACCCUCCACCCUCUGCCGUUUCUAGCCGUGUAAACUCCAGAGCUCACCGAACAAAACAUGUUAGCACUGUACCACCACAAGAACCCACAGUCGACAAAGCAGGAAUAUCUUUGGCAUCCGUCAUCCCUCAGCCUGCUGACGUGGCAGAGAGCGCCGCCCCCACAAUCCCAAAAAGCGAUUCGGACACCUUCCUAACUACGCCUGACGAGGAGGAGGAUGACAAAAUUAUCAACGCUGACACAGGACUGGAAGGGGAUGGACUCAAACAUAGAACGCCCAAGAAAGACUUGCUGGAGAUAGACCGCUUCACCAUCUGUGGCAACCGAAUUGACUGAAUGCCACAGGAACAAGCAAUCAGUGUCCUGGCAACACAGCAAGGUUCAGGGAUCAGACGCGGGUCGUGGAAGCAUGCUCAAAGCAGACUUAUUCUCGUUCACCUGACCCCAGAAGUAUUUAUUAAUUUAUUACUGACAAAACCAGCCAAGGCAUAAAGCUGUUACUAGAAGAGGCCACGUCAGGCGUUCCAGCUGGUCCGGGUCCUUGUCUUGUGAACCAGGUAGACUCUGAGAAGUAGCUGUGGUUGUCAUGGCGAGCCUGCAAAGCCUGCAGACAUGCGCGCUGAUGACAACGAUGGGGGGGAACUGGCAUGCACAGCUGGAGCAGAGGACGAAGAGAGAAACAAAUCUUCAUCUGUGAAACUGUACAAAAUGUACAAAAUGUGUCUCUGUGUGAUCAUAAGAUCAUUACAGCUGGACUGUGCGAGAGUGUGUGUGUGUGCUUGUGUGUGUGUAUGUGUGUGUUCAAAAGCACAAUCAUGUGUAUAGCGAGGAGUUGUUUUUAGAAAGAACAAAACUUGUCAAUUUUUAAAUUUUUUUUUUCAAAACUAUGAAAAAAUUGAAUAUUUGAAAUGAAUUUUUAUGAAAACUCUCAGAUGUUUUUUUCUAAAAUUGACAGCAUUCAGCUGCAGGUCAAAGACUCACAAUCACAUUAACACAUCGUUGAACUCUCGAAGUCGUUCUGCAGACACAUACCUGUUUGAAUUAAGUUACAGUGACGAGCCCAGAUGUCCAUAGCCAAAGUCUGCCAGUUUUAAUUAUGACAGCAAUAACACUAAGUACAGUCUUGCAUGAGUGCACUGUCUUCGUGGCUUGGUCAGAGUUGACUUUAACUUUUAGAUACAGGUAAAGUUUGGAGGUUUUAUUAUCAUGCCGUUUGUGUUGAUAUUGUUACUUUAAGGCACUGAGAAUAAGACAGCGCCUGUUUAUAAUGGCACUAGAAGUUAAUUUGAAGUGAACGCCAAGUUUUGAAACUAUUUCAUUUUCAAGUGAUUUUUUUUUUUUUAUGGUUUCAAAUCAGUUUCAAAUCAAUAUGUUUCAUGUGCACCCUCCUUGUUCCAGCAUGUAGCCUACAGAUAAUCAUGACAACAACACAGGCACACAGCAACUUUCUUAUGUUGGAAACUGUGAUCUGAAGAAGUGUCUUUGUGUUUCACCGUCAUGUGCUUGCUCUCAUUUUAGGUUUGUCGCUUUCAGUGUGACACUGGCAUCACAGCAUCAACUGAUGUUUCCUAAUUCUUCAACGUUCUCUCGACAGCGAUAAGAAAAAGAUCAAAUGUGUGCAGGUAAAAUCUUUAAGUUUAUGUGAAGACUAAGACACAGCUGUAAAGGUUGAGUCACCUCUAAAUAAUAGGAGAUGGGACUUUUUAAAGAUCAAAUGACUAAUCAAUUAAUAGAGAAAAUAAUUAUUUGCAGCCCUGAGUCAGACAUGAGAGUAUUCAAGCCCAAAGGUCAGCGCUACACAGUAUAAUUUAACUGGUUCAUUUGCUGAACACCAUCUUCACCUUUCUCUGCAGUUUAGUUUUACACCUCCCUUCUUAAUGAAAGUCACUGUUUCACAUGGUAACAGCGCUCUUACUUUCCUCUUUACCGUUUAUUAUUGAGAGGGGAUUCAGCCUUUACAGCUGUGUCUUGAGCCUUCAGGUGCCCUUUAAGACUUUACCUGCAUACAUGUGAUCUGCUCAGAGAAUAGUAAAGAAGAACUAGAAAAUAGCAACUAGUAACUCUUCGAACAUAACUAUGACAUGAGAAUUAUAUUAACAUACAGUGGACUCGGGAAGAAUCCAAAACUACCUUUAAAAGCUACCUAUACUGUUUCUGCUUUGUAGUGCCUGGCCAGAAGCUACAAGUUCAAUCUUACUACAGUCAUUAUAGUGUGAACCGUGUCUGAGAGAGAGAGUGAGUGAGAGAGAGAGAGAGAGAGAGAAAGAGAUAGGUCAUUUGCAGUGCAUUAAUGGAUCUUGCCACUCUAAGACAUACUACAUGUAUGAAACGUAUUUCACUGUUUUUAUUUUUCCAAGUACGACCCUUGUGUGUAAAGCGUCUUCUACAUGGUAGAAGGAGAAUAAAACAAGAUUUUGUUUUGUA